UCUGCCUGCGGAUGACGCUUACACACGUGCUUGCUAACAGCACGAGGAGCCGGUAACCGGAGCCAUGAGUUCGGCGCUAACGUCGCAGCGGUUCUGCCUCCGGUGGAACAACCACCAGUCGAACCUGCUGACGGUGUUCGACCAACUGCUGCACGAUGAGAGCUUCGUGGACGUGACCCUGGCCGUGGAGGGCCGCUUCUUGCGGGCCCACAAAAUGGUACUGUCGGCCUGCUCGCCGUACUUCCAAGCCCUGUUCGUGGGGCACCCCGACAAGCACCCCAUUGUCAUUCUGAAGGAUGUCCCCUACUGCGACAUGCGCUCGCUCCUGGACUUCAUGUACCGGGGCGAGGUGAGCGUGGACCAGGAACGCCUCACCGCCUUCCUCAAGGUGGCAGAGUCCCUCCGCAUCAAGGGGCUCACUGAGGUCAAUGAAGAUAGAUGUGAAAUGCCCACCAUUACAUCAUCCCUUCUUUCCUCUGCUGUCCAUUCACCCUCACCCCCAGUCCCCCCACCCCCUCCUCACCUUCACAGAAUCCACACUGCUGGCCACAAGCGCCCUGCUGCUCCUGCCACCGCUGCCAAUCCCCUCCUGGGCUCUGCCUUAACUGCCCCAAAGCGCAAGCGGGGGCGGCCCCGCAAACUCUCUGGGAGCAGCCCAGGGCCUGGUGCCCCUCCGAACCUGCUGCCUGCUGCGCCAGCUCCAGCUGCUGCGGCUCUCAGUGGCGGGGGCUUGGUGGACAGCCAUCACGCCAGAGGACCUACUGCACUACUAGACGGCAAUGACCUGGACUCGAGUCGCUUGGGAGGUGACAGCAUAGUGGUACAAGGCUCACCUGAGAUGCUGGAGGUGAAGAUGGGUACUUUGGACUUCCAGCAGAACAGCCCCCCUCCUGCACCGACUGCCUCGUCCACCCCCUCUGCCAGUGGAGGUGGAGGAUCCAGUCGGACAGACACUGAAAAUGGACAGGCUUCUCCGGAGUUAUCACACGGCACAUCUGGCAAGGAUUUGGGAACACGCAGGAUUAAAGAAGAACCAGAACCUGCCCCUGGCCCUUCUUCACAGGAUCCUGGGCAGGCAUUCAUGCGAUCCGGUACUGACCAAGAACAGCAAGCCUUCGCACUAGCUUGCACUCCAGAAGAGGAGGCAGCCCCUGGAGCUGCCGCCGUUGACCGUGACGACUGUUCCUCACUGCCGGAAGAUGAGAAUGAACUCAUCACUUUGUCUCCUACUUCAGAUGCUGAUCUUGAUGUGGAAGAGGGAAUCGCGAUGGAAAGGGGAGAAGGGGUGUCGGAGUUGGCUCUGACUCAAGUGGAAAAUCUGGAGAAGGAAGUUGGCUUGGCCGAAAACGGCAAUUCUAGUUCUGCAGAAAUGUCUGCUGAUAAAUCCUCUGAAGGUUACAAUCUUAAAGUGAAGUCAGAGCGCAUGGAUGAAGGUAGUGGGAAUGGAAAGAAGGGCCAGGAUGUGGGAGAUGGAGAGGCGAGGGAUGGAGGAGAGAACGUGGAUGGAGGGGAAAUGGGAGACAUGGGAGACGAUGGAGAGGAUAAUGCAUCUCAGAUGAGUUCCACUCGAAGCUUCUGCAUGCGGGAAGCAGAUAACCUGUUCCGCUGCAAGGUUUGCCAGAAGACGUACACUCAUAUUUCAAAUUUCUGCCGGCACUACCUGACCACCCACAAGCAGCGAAGGCAAGUGUUUGGGUGUCCUGCCUGUGGAAAGGAGUUCACUCGCCGGGAUAACAUGAUGACCCAUUUGAAAGGUGUCCACAGACACAUUCUGAUGCCUUUCUAGCAUUGGUAUUUUGUGUGCUGUCUAUUUUCCCAUGUGGCAAACAUCCACUCAAUUGGGAAUUGUGCCUCAAUGAAGCAGGGUUUUUAUAAAAGUUGUUUUUGUUUUUACAAAGGGGUUCUUCCGUAUGAAUAUGAAAGGAAGAUUUGGUACCAUUGACUAGAUAAAUGAAAAGUCUGGUUUGUUAUAAAGAUAUCUGAUAUUUUAAUGAUUGUUAUUAGUAAAAUGUGAUAAAUAUAUAUAUACAUAUAUUAUAUAUAAGAUGAUUCAGAUGAAAGAAAUAACUAUUGGAUCUAUAUAAAGGAAAACAAAUUCCCUCCUUUUGAUACUCGUUAUUUACGUAUUUGGCACAAUUUGUACUUACAUAUUAAAAAACUAGAACAACUUUUAAAUGAUGCCAGAAGGUCACUUGUUUUUUUUAGUUUUGUUUUAACAAAUGAGAUGUGCCAUGCAGCUUUUUAGUUUAUUUGGGGAGACUACUUAAUUUGUGUUGCAAAUACUCAUAAGUGUUGAGUUGUAAUUUGUUUUGAAUUUAAUGGACGGCGCUGGAGGUUUUUUGUUGCUUGAAACGAAAUCUUGCCAGAAUGUGGGAUCUCCCUGCUCUUUCCCCUCGCGUUCCUAGUAGCAGCAUCCAUGACUGCAACUUCUGCUUGCCAAAUUGUAGGGGAGUGUCUCCGAGGUCCUGACACUAAGGCACUAUAGUUAGGUUGUGUGAGAUGUUUGCUAAACUGCUUAACACGGGUUAUUAUUUCUAGGACUGAAAAAUCAAUGAAAUCUUAUUAAUGUGUAUUUCUACAGUCUGUAGUACGUAUAAUCACAAUUGAUUCUUCUAUAAACUUAAUGAUCUGAGAUCCAACAGGUAUUUGUUUUUACUGGUCUUUUCUGAUUGGAGACGAGAGUCAUGUAAGAUUAUGCAGCACAAAAUUCAAAUUUUGUAUUGAUCUCAUAAUUUCAAUCUGCAUUACAAAAAGGAGAUGUUCUCUUUUUGGUUCCUACUCUGUGGAUCUGUGAUAGAAAAUUUGAAUGUAGUGUGAAUUUGUUUGAAGUCAUCAAAGAUUGUUUGGUUUCUGAAAUCCGAUAAUGAGAUUUCAUUGUGCUAUAAUUUGAAAGAAGCCAAGCUUUUACAGACUAGAAAUGCACAUUGCAGUGCAUUUUAGGCUACUUUAGCUAGCGGGGCAGCAGGGUGUGUAUAGCUUUAAGUGCAUUUAGUGCUGAUGAGUCAUGGUUACGAAAACCGGGUACUCUCAAGCUAGUAAGCAUUUGAUACAAAAUUCCAUUAGCUAAUAAGCAUGUGGUUUCAUGUGUAACAGAAUUUUGGGUUGUUGAUUAUGCAGCUAGAUAUUUGUAUUGCAGAGAUAUAUUGUAUUUUUUGUUAGAUUAUUUGAUUUUGUUGUAUGUCAUAACAUAGAACUGAUGGUUCGAUUUUUGAGUCAACUGGUUCAGAGCCUUAAGGUCUCAGUGCCAAAUGGUUGCAGUUGCAGAACUGUGUACUGUGCCAAUAGAAUGAGACUGAAAGCCUUAAUAUGGCUGACAGGAAGUAGUAAGGUGUGUGUAAAGGAUUUUUUUUUUUUUUUUGAAAUUCCUACCCUCAUAUGCUAGCACUGGUUCAACUGUUGGCAGGGCAGUAACAUUCCCAGGGACUGUGUUCUCCUGUGCUUAGACCUUACUACUUACUGGAGCUAUGCGAGGCUGUCUUCCUUAAUGCCAUGUGGGCAUUGUUAUUGAAAAGAAUCAUGAGAUGGACUAAUAAACGUUUUCUUGACUUCCC